AUGAAGGACGCUUUUGUUCUCCUGUGCAUCUUCCCUUCUGUGAUCUGUGGAACCACAUUACCACAACUGACAGGACAACCUCACUUGACAUCGCAGUUUGUUGUCACUAAUGAUGAGAUUCAGACUUUGGCUGAAGAGCUGUAUGUGGCCGAUGUUAAUAAAGCUGGCAGUGGUGACAUUAGGCUGAAUCUACAGUACAAAGCCAACAGCACUCAAAUCAGAUCAAGGACUGACUUUGCCAGCCAAAAGCUUUUCAGUUAUGUGAAUGAAAGCAAACUGUUCACUAUUCCAACUUUCACCCAUCUUAUUGCACUGCUGGAUAAUUACAUCAAGAAUACAGGGACAGUGGAGUCAGUAACUAGUAGGGAGACCCAAGAGCAAACUGAUUUCAUAGAAGCCAUAUUCCAAACAUCUGUAAUGAGCAAGCUUUCCAAAUUCUUCAUUGAUAAAGGCUAUUAUAACUCUUCAGAAAGCUUUGCAAAUGAUCUACGGGAAAUGUGGUUUGGACUAUACACUCGUAGAAACAGAUCCUUGGACUCUUCAGGCUUUGAGCACGUUUUCCAUGGUGAAAUCCAUAAAAGAAAGAUCUCUGGAUUCCAUAGCUGGGUUCAGCUCUACCUGUUGGAGAAGGCUGGAGAAAUAAACUACUUGAGCUACAGCGCAGAUGGACCAUGGACAAGUUAUCCUGAUGUGUAUUCAUUCCAGUUUAAAUGGUCCACCUAUGUGAAGUCCCUGGGAUCUUUCUUUGUGGGAUCCAGUCCUGAGUUUGACAUAGCAAUGUAUACACUCUGCUACGUAACCCGUCCUAACAGGAUGUGUACCGUCAGAUUUAAUGGUCAUUCAGCGAGAAUCCAAACUUACAGUUGGGCUAAUUCAUACUACAGAAAUGGAAAAAGAUAUUUAGCAUCUUCUUAUCCAGCCCUUUAG